AGUUCGAAAACAUGCAAAUGUGAGUAGAUGAAUAGGUACCGCUCCGGCGGGAAGGUAACGGCGCUCCAUGCAGUCAUGCCGGCCACAUGACCUUGGAGGUGUCUAUGGACAACGCCAGCUCUUUGGAUUAGAAAUGGAGUUGAGCACCAACCCCCAGAGUUGGACACGACUGGACUUAACGUCAGGGGAAACCUUUACCUUUACUUAGGCAAGGGCUAUCAUAAUGUAAGAUACAAUCCUUUGUAAACUUAUCUGGGAAAAAGUGUACUGAACACAGUAGGACUUGAGUAUGUAUAAAAUGGAUUAGAUUAACCUUUUUCUAAAUAUAUCUAUAACCCGCUGUUAUAUACUUAGAAAUAGGUUAAUGCAAUCCUGCAUCUGUGGUGUUCUAGCCAUAGAGGACAUUAUGCAUAUUUUGUUAAAUUGUUGUUUAUAUGCCAAGGUGAGGUAAUAACCUGCUGAAAUAUAUUGUUUAUAUUUAUUUCUUUACUGCAUUUCCAUGCCAAACUUCCCUAAGGUGCAAUACCGAUCAGGACUUUCAGGGAAAAUCUUUGAAAUAGUUGUUUCAACAUCUCUUUGUUUCUAAUAGAUUUUCUAAAAUCCACCAACUAUUCAAGUAAGCAUUGUGUAUCUUGCAAACAAGCUUAGGAAGUCUUUAUAGCUAGAACUGAUUAUAUUUUCAGAACCGUGGAGCAUUUCAAAUUAAAAAGGUUAUUUCCAAAUACUAUAAUCUCCCUAAUAAAAAUCUCCUAUUGGUCACAGUGGUUUUAAAAGAUGGACAGUGUGUGUUGCCAUUGUAAGAGUCAUGCAAGAGGGGGCACACCCUCACAAGAAAGAAAAGGGAACUUGAAACUUUAUUGAUGUGGGAAUGUGUCCAAAGAUGACAGCCUGUUUCUGUUAGCCAUGCAAUCUGAUGUUGGACAGAGGCCUAUAGAGCAACCUGAAUGGACAGCCUCUACCGAAUGAAAAGCAAACAAAGACACAAUCUUAGUCACACUUGUUUUCAAAAAGUUGAUUCCAAGUAUUCUUUUAAAAAUCUAAAACAGAAGGUUCACAAAAUGGGCAAGGAAGUUGUGUCACUAAUCCUCAUUAAUUAUAUUGGAAGUAUUUCCAUUGCUGCCUCUCGUAGAUUUGAUGAGAGGAAGGAACACACACUCAGAGCGGUCUCCCCUCUGUCCCGACUCCUUUUGUUUCCAGUUUAUUCCACAGGAUGGGUGGUUCCUUUCUUCCUUCCUCUCUGAAGCAUGGGGUGGUAUUGGCUUAGAUCCCUCAGAAAAAUACCAGGAACUAUAUAGUGAGCUCCGAGUUGAAUUAAAACUGGGGGAGGCCAGAGAAAAAGAAAAGAGAUGGUGCCUCAUUUCUCUAUAAUGCAAAUAGGAAGAAAAAUAACAAAAGCAGAUAGUAUUCAAAUAAAUACAUAGAGAAUUAAUGAACUCAUAUAGGUACUGUUCCAUUAUCUGAGCGGUGGCCACUAGGGAGCACUAGAGAGAGAAGGAUAGUCCAUUUUAUGGGGUGGAGGGUAGAUUCAAGGAGAAAAAACAUUUCCCUCUGCUUUCCUGUUAUUCCCCUCACCCAUGUCCCUGUCGUGGAAACAACUCUCCUUUAUGAUAUGGGAAGUGAGGAGGGGGAAUAACUAGCAAAAAUGGGGGAAAUGAUCUUUCUCCUUCAAACUCCCCCCCUCCCAUAAAAUAGACUAUCCUUCUCUCUCUAAAGCCCCCUAGUGGCCUCCACCCGGAUAAUGGAAUAGUAAUCUAUAUAUAUAAAAAAGGGUAAUGAAAUUUUGGCAUAGGACAAAACAACAAAACUACACAUCCCAGAAACACUAAACUUGGCAGCACAACCCCUCAUCCAUGCCUCUAAAAAGAAAAGAAAAAUAAAAUCCUAAUUAGAGGGAGAGGAAUAAUUGUUUUUAUCCAAUUGCUGCCAGUUAGAAGGCUACGCUCCGCCCACUUGGUCUCCUAGCAACCCACUCAACCCAGGGGACAGGCAGAGUUAGGCCUCACUUAGGCCUCUUCCACACUGUCUAUAAAAUACAGAUUAUCUGAUUUGAACUGGAUUAUAUGGUAGUGUAAAAGGGGCCCCUGAUGGCACAGUGUGUUAAAGCACUGAGCUGCUGAACUUGCGGACCAAAAGGUCUCAGGUUCAAAUCCUGGGAGUGGAGUGAGCGCUUGCUGUUAGCCCCAGCUCCUGCCAACCUAGCAGUUCGAAAACAUGUCAGUGUGAGUAGAUGAAUAGGUACCACUCCGGUGGGAAGGUAACGGCGCUCCAUGCAGUCAUGCCAAUGGCCACAUGACCUUGGAGGUGUCUACGGACAAUGCCGGCUCUUCGGCUUAGAAAUGGAGAUGAGCACCAACCCCCAAAGUCAGACACGACUGGACUUAAUGUCUGGGGAAAACCUUUAUCCUUUACCUUAACUACCACCAAUUCCUCAAUACUUUAUUUCCCAUACCACCAGACUUCGCCACAGCAACGCGUGGCCGGGCACAGCUAGUCUCAUAUAAAAUUGCUUAUGUGCACAGAAAUGUAUUCGAAACUAAUGGAAACAAUCAGUUAAGUUAGAAAAUGUUUAACCAAGUGAUGUACAUUUAUUUCUAACCUAAUACAUUCACUUAAGUUGGACUUUCAGCAUUAACCUAACUGAGAUGCAAUUACUGAUGAAUUAAUUAUAAAUGCAGAAUUAUAUUGUUAAUUAUUCGGAAAAAAAUUGAUGCCGAAGAGACAGCAAAUUUACAUUUCCCAGCUGUUCCUUAAAGGGACAAAGAGUUUUAGGAGGAUUUAUCUUCGUAAAUUUAUUGAAAUAAAUGAUUAAAUACAUCAUUAGAGUAUGACAAAUUAAUUCAUUCUACAGGUGAACCUUUUAAGUAGUAGGGUAGCUUGGGAGAAGGAUGAUUUUCUUUGCUUGAAGAUAGUCAUCAUGUGUUCUUCGCUGGUGGAUCUCAAGCUUUGUUCCUCCAAAUAUUUUGGAUUUCAACUCCCAGUAGCCUCAGACAACACAGGUAAUGGUCAGGAAUUUUGAAAUUUGAAGUUCACACACAUGGAAGACAAGAGAUACUAUAUAACAGUGGUUCUCAACCUGGAGUCCCUAGAUGUUUUUAGCCUUCAACUCCCAGAAAUCCUAACAGCUGGUAAACAGGCUGGGAUUUCUGGGAGUUGCAGACCAAAAACAUCUGGGGACCCCAGGUUGAGAACCGCUGCUAUAUAGACACUCAUCUGUUCCAGGAAAUGAAUGCUGAAGCCUUUAACUCUGGGGCCUUUGCUGGGAUCCAGAUGGAAAUCAAUAAACUAGCGAAGGGCCAAUGAAAUGAGAAGAGAAGGAGAAGGGAAAAUCAGGAAGUGGGGUUUUGAAGAGAUUAAUUAAAAUUGAGGGUUUCAAACAUUUAAGCAGCUGUUUCCUUUCAUACUCAAGAGAAGGAUAGGAAUUUGAGUGAUGGCAGUUAUGCAUGGCAGGGGAUUGAAAUAGAUUGCUUUUGUAAUCCUUUCCAACUCUAAUGAGCCUAAGAGUUUCAGUGUAGAAUUUUAAAUUAAAUGGCAAUUAAACAUAAAUUUAGCACAUAUGUUAACAUAUUUUUUUUAACACAGAUGUAACUGAAUUAGAUGUUUUGCUUAUUAGCUUUUGUCUACUAGGGGUGUGCAAUGUUUUCAUUAGUCAUUGUAAGUCAUAUUAAAUUCAUUAAAUUCGUACUUAUGACGUGAUAUCUGAUACGUGGGUGUGGCCAAAAACUUAAGAAUCGAAACUUACCCAAGACUUUUUUGUUUGAAUUUUGUAAACCUCAGAAUUUCAUUUUCAGCGCAAGGAAGCAAAGCAAAACAAAAAAGACUGCCCUUCCUCUUUAAAUAAUGGCUUUUCACCAUUAGGAGAGGGGUGCAUCAAGGAGAAAGCAUAUUGAGAAAGCACAGAAUUCUGGGAAAUAUAGUUUGGGAAGGUGAGGAGCCCUAUGGCAGAGAAUUCAAAAGGCAAUGCCCUAAACUACAUUUCCCAGAAUUCUGCUCAGCACCAGAAUACCCCAAUCAGAAGAGGGGAGAGAUUUGCCCCUCCAUUGCAGCCAGAGUUCCCAUAAAUCGUUUAAUCUGCAAAAAGGAAGACUGACUGAUACUUCUAGUACGAGGAAUCUGAAUUAUGCUUUGUGAUUCAGAGCAGUUCUUUGCCCUGAGACAAAGUUCCAGCUGCAUUUGGAGAAGUCCCCCGCCCCUGCGAUGAAGGAGAUAUUUUGCAUAUGUAUCUACUCCAAAACACCUCAAAACCAGAUUGAAGUUUAUGACUGUGACUGAGAACUGCUUCAACAGAACUGACUUGGGUUGUCUCAGAAACGUCUGAGGUCAAGUCAUGGGAAAAGUUCCAAGCUCCUUCAUCCUCUUUUUCUUCAUCUUUCAUUGGGUCCCUUUCAGUUCUGAAAAAGGUGGAUUAAUCAAAGGUGAAACAAAGAACAACAUUUGGGUCGACAUUCGUAAAAACAAACAGUUACAGCAGAGGUUUGUGGAAAGAAGGGAAGACAGAAGAGCUCACAUGGAAAUAGACAUCGAAGGCUGGGGAAAAAAUAAGAAAAGAACAAUCAAUUGCACGAUGGGAGAGAAUAACAGUGUAGAUGUAGCUGGCAUUUCAGGAGGGGACCGAAGCACAAACUCAGGUUGCCCUGCAGCCAAAGCAAGAGACAGGAGAAUGGUGAUGCUGUCAAACAGCAGUAUAUCCCCACUUUUCACAGCCACCCCUUCAGAAGAAGCAAGUAGUUCACCAUCAGUUAUUAGUACCACGGUGGAUGACAGCUCUGUGUCCCCACUUUUCACAGCCACCCCUUCAGAAGAAGCAAGUAGUUCACCAUCAGUUAUUAGUACCACGGUGGAUGACAGCUCUGUGUCCCCACUUUUCACAGCCACCCCUUCAGAAGAAGCAAGUAGUUCACCAUCAGUUAUUAGUACCACGGUGGAUGACAGCACUAUGUCCCCACUUUUCACAGCCACCCCUUCAGAAGAAGCAAGUAGUUCACCAUCAGUUAUUAGUACCACGGUGGAUGACAGCACUGUGUCCCCACUUUUCACAGCCACCCCUUCAGAAGAAGCAAGUAGUUCACCAUCAGUUAUUAGUACCACGGUGGAUGGCAGCUCUGUGUCCCCACUUUUCAUAGCCACCCCUUCAGAAGAAGCAAGUAGUUCACCAUCAGUUAUUAGUACCACGGUGGAUGACAGCACUGUGUCCCCACUUUUCACAGCCACCCCUUCAGAAGAAGCAAGUAGUUCACCAUCAGUUAUUAGUACCACGGUGGAUGGCAGCUCUGUGUCCCCACUUUUCACAGCCACCCCUUCAGAAGAAGCAAGUAGUUCACCAUCAGUUAUUAGUACCACGGUGGAUGACAGCACUGUGUCCCCACUUUUCACAGCCACUCCUUCAGAAGAAGCAAGUAGUUCACCAUCAGUUAUUAGUACCACGGUGGAUGACAGCUCUGUGUCCCCACUUUUCACAGCCACCCCUUCAGAAGAAGCAAGUAGUUCACCAUCAGUUAUUAGUACCACGGUGGAUGACAGCACUGUGUCCCCACUUUUCACAGCCACCCCUUCACAAGAAGCAAGUAGUUCACCAUCAGUUAUUAGUACCACGGUGGAUGGCAGCUCUGUGUCCCCACUUUUCACAGCCACCCCUUCAGAAGAAGCAAGUAGUUCACCAUCAGUUAUUAGUACCACGGUGGAUGACAGCACUGUGUCCCCACUUUUCUCAUCCACUCCUUCAGAAGACACAAGUAGCUCACCAUCUGAAACUACUACCACAGUGGAUGGCAGCUCUGUGUCCCCACUUUUCUCAUCCACUCCUUCAGAAGACACAACUAAUUCACCAUCAGUUAUUAGUACCACAGUGGAAGACAGCACUGUGUCCCCAUUUUCCUCAGCCACCCCUUCAGAAGACACAAGUAGCUCACCAUCUGAAACUACUACCACAGUGGAUGACAGCACUGUGUCUCCACUUUUCUCAUCCACUCCUUCAGAAGACACAAGUAGCUCACCAUCUGAAACUACUACCACAGUGGAUGCCAGCACUAUUUCCCCGCUCUUCUCAUCCACUCCUUCAGAAGACACAAGUAGCUCACCAUCUAAAACUACUACCACAGUGGAUGACAGCACUGUGUCCCCACUUUCUUCAGCCACCCCUUCAGAAGACACAAGUAGCUCACCAUCUGAAACUACUACCACAGUGGAUGACAGCACUAUUUCCCCGCUCUUCUCAUCCACUCCUUCAGAAGACACAAGUAGCUCACCAUCUGAAAUUACUACCACAGUGAAUGGCAGCUCUGUGUCCCCACUUUUCUCAUCCACUCCUUCAGAAGACACAACUAAUUCACCAUCAGUUAUUAGUACCACAGUGGAUGGCAGCACUGUGUCCCCACUUUCCUCAGCCACCCCUUCAGAAGACACAACUAAUUCACCAUCAGUUAUUAGUACCACAGUGGAAGACAGCACUGUGUCCCCGCUUUUCUCAUCCACUCCUUCAGAAGACACAACUAAUUCACCAUCAGUUAUUAGUACCACAGUGGAAGACAGCACUGUGUCCCCGCUUUUCUCAUCCACUCCUUCAGAAGAUACAACUAAUUCACCAUCAGUUAUUAGUACCACAGUGGAAGACAGCACUGUGUCCCCACUUUCCUCAGCCACCCCUUCAGAAGACACAAGUAGUUCACCAUCAGUUAUUAGUACCACAGUGGGUGAUAGUACUGUGUCCCCACUUUCCUCAACCACCCCUUCACAAGACACAAGUACUUCACCAUCAGUUAUUAGUACCACCAUGGAUGGCAGCACUCUGUCCACACUUUUGACAGCCAUCCCUUCAGAAGACACAAGUAGCUCACCAUCCGAUAAUGGUACCACAGCCGUUAACAGCACUGUUUCCCCCCUUUUAACAACCACCUCUUCAGGAAACACAAGUAAUUCAUCUUUGGAAACCAGCACCCAAAUAACAAACAGCACUAAGAACUCAUUUUUCACGACCACUCCUUCAAGAGGCACAACGACACCAACCAUCAUUACCAGCCAUUUGACUUCAUCCCAGCCACCUCUACCUGUUACUCAGAGUACUCCUAAAACCACCACUGCCAGAGUAUGUAUGAAUGGAGGAAGCCAUGAUGGGAUUAAAUGUAUAUGCCCCAGCGAUUUCUAUGGGCCGGAAUGUGAGUUUAGUUUGGAAGUAAUCGAAAAGGAAACGGUAACAGUGUCUGUAACAGUUGAAGCCCAGGUGAAGGUCACUAACAGGAAUUUCAGCGUGGAACUCACCAAUUCAAAUUCAGAAGAAUAUCAAAAUUUUAAAAUCGAGUUUGAAGAAAAGAUGGGCAGGGUUUAUGGCGACAUUCCUGGAUACCAUGGUGUUGUCAUCUUCUCUCUGAGGUCUGGGAGCAUCAUUGUGGAUCAUGAAAUUAUAUUUCAGGUCCAAGUAGAGAAUAAAUUGAGCGUCAUUAAUUCAACUCUGGAAAACCAAAUACAAUCAGUGAUACAGAAACUCCAAGGCAGCAACUCCACUGAGAAGGAUUGUAUGAAUUCACCAGAAUUGUGCUUCACUACUUCACCUAAUCCAAUCAUCGGUGGCCAAAUGGAUUUUAAUAUAACUGAGUUUUGCAAGACAAUAGUUGGGGCUACAUAUGCAAACUACUAUUAUCCAGAUACAACAACAGACAGCUUGCGCUGUGUGAGUAACUGCACCAAGGGCAGUGCGUAUGCUAUCAAUUGCUACCAUGGGGUUUGCCGCAUCUCUGACAAAGGCCCCAACUGCAACUGUAAUGACCGGAAUACCUUUUGGUAUGUAGACAAUAACUGCCAGACGCGUUUCCAGAAGAGUGAGGUGGGUCUUGGUAUUGGGAUGGCUGUCCUCUUCCUGAUUGCUAUCAUCUUGGCUGUCUUCCUCUUCAGAACCUAUCGGAGAAAGUCUGAGUCUAGAUACUCUGAUGGAGAUAACCUCAUUUAUGAAGACACUAAAGAGGAAGAAUGGCUACCCCCGUGGACCCUGAACUUCACAAAUGAGGCAGCUGACUUCCACAAUGGAAGCCAAAAUAUAAACAAUGGAUUCAAUCUUUCACUUGACUCAGUAGACACCUCAGUACAGUUGCAAUUUGAGAAGCCAGAAGUAGUAAGGCCUCAGCAGCCUCUUCCUGGGACUUAUCCUAGAUAGUGUGGCAUCCUUGAAUUGUGAAGAUGGAUACACCUAAGGACUUUACUGCAAAUCCACCAACAGGGAAGCUGGUCCAAUGGAUGGUGGUGGUGGUGAUGUUCUCCUUCCCAACUCUCUUAGAUCUGUUUGAAAUUAGUUUCUUGGAAGAUAUCCUUGUUGACAGAGACUAUGAAUUUAUUAAGAAGCAGAACACAUUAUUUAUUGAAAACCAAUCAAUACAAAAAAAACCCCAGAGUAUCGAAGGCUGAUUGUACAAACAACACACACAUAAACACAGUUGCAUUUCAUAUCAAGCGAAAGAAUAUAAAAUGCAACAACGUGGACUUCCAGUACAUCUGCACAGCAUUGGGUUUGGUAAUUUUGAGCUAACUCAUGAUCAGUAAUAGUCAUUAUGAAUAUAUUGUCCACAACUAUUCCAGUAUUUUCAAAUCAAAUUCUCUGAUCUGGGAAUGAGUCAGAAGUCUUGUUUUCUGGGGCAAAAAAUAAAGCAAGUUUGAUGGAUGUUAAUAUCAUUCAUCUGUUAGAAAUCUGAUGAAGAAAAGAAUUAUUCUGUCUUUAAUUUUAGAGCUUAUAGAGCAAUAUCUUGCCAAAAGUAUGUGAGCUAGACAGGACAACUCAAUGAAUGGAAAUAGGGUUGUUUGGAACCCAGUUGUCAGUUACAAACAUGGGGUUAAAUCCAACUAUUAGUCCCAACAACAGUAGACUUGGUGAAUCAACGGAAGUUCAAACACACUGAUUAACAAGUUCCCAUGGAUUCUUUGGAUCUACUCUGUUGAGAUUAACAAAUAUCACAUGUGUAAAAUUCACAACACAUGUUUAGCCGAGAGUAAGAACAGCUUAGUACUGUCACACACAUCUGAUUAUAAACAUACUGUAUGUUAUGCAUAUUUGUUAUUUUUGUCAUGUUAAUAUGUGUUUGUUUUAUAUUAAUAAAACUUUUUAAAAAUAA